AUGAGUCAGCCAUUUAUUGAUGGGGUGACAUCAUUUAUCAAAUUUGCAAUGGCAGUUGUUAACCAGGAAGGUAAAAUUCUGUGCCCAUGUUUGAACUGUGUGAACUAUUAUUCCCAAAAUCUUCGAAAUGUGCAAAUUCAUUUACUUCAAUAUGGAAUUAUGCAAACGUACACUAUUUGGCAUGAGCACGGGGAACCACGUGUAUCAAAUGAGGCUCAUCAUGAAAUGGCAAUUGAUGAAGAUGAGGUUUUAGGUGGUAUUGAUGCCUUAGUGGAAGAUCGAAUAAGAGGAGAACCCAACGAUGCAACCCAGAAUGAGGAAGUACAAACGUUUGAUAAACUAUUGAAUGAUGCCAAACAUGAGGUGUACUUAGGUUACACAAACUACACUCUGUUAAAGUUUGUCAUCGAGCUGCUUAAUAUGAAGGUAACAAACCACUGGAGCAAUAAGUUGGUUAACACACUAUUGGAGUUUUUAACAAAACUUUUACCAAAAGAUAAUUUGGUUCCAAAGUCAUUUUAUGAAGCUAAGAAAAUACUUCGUGAUUUGGGCUUGUCAUAUGAGUUAAUUGAUGCUUGUAUAAAUGAUUGUGUACUCUUUUGGAAGGAAAAUGCAAGGUUAGAUAAAUGUCCAAAAUGUAAGGCAUCCAGAUACAAGAUCAAUCGUGGCAGGGGUAAGAAGAUUCCCCAUAAGGUGUUGCGGUACUUCCCAUUAACACCAAGGUUAAAAAGAUUGUACAUGUCAAGAAAGACUGCUGAGGACAUGAGAUGGCACAAGGAGAAACGUAUAAAUGACGGAGUAUUGAGACAUGCCGUCGAUAGUGAUGAAUGGAAGGAAUUUGAUGUGCAACAUCCUCAGUUUGCCCUGGAGCCUCGAAAUGUGAGGCUAGGGUUGGCUGUUGAUGGGUUCAAUCCUUUCGGGAACAUGAGCAACUCGUAUAGUUUAUGGCCUGUAGUACUCAUUCCUUAUAACUUGCCACCUUGGUUGGUUAUGAAAGAUCUCUUUCUUAUGAUGUCACUACUUAUUCCUGGAGAAUCACAACCAGGGAUCGAUAUUGAUGUCUACAUAAGACCUCUGGUGGAUGAGUUGAAUGAGUUGUGGGAAAAUGGUGCAUUAUCUUAUGAUGCCGUAACUGGUGAGUCUUUCCAGAUGCGUGCAACUUUGAUGUGGACUAUACACGAUUGGCCCACAUUUGGUGACAUAUCUGGGUGGAGAACAAAGGAUCAUUAUUCUUGUUACACUUGCAAUGAUGAACCAUAUUUUCAAUCCUUGAAAGUGGAAAAGAUAUUAGAGCCAUUGGACAGAGUGACAGGUGUCACAUAUGGGAAGCAUCCAAGAAAUAAGAAAAGACUCUGUCAGGCACCAAAUUGGACAAAGGUAAGCAUCUUGUAUGAGUUACCAUACUGGAAGAAACGGAAGCUUCGACACAACAUUGAUGUUAUGCACGUCGAGAAGAAUUUUAGUGAAAAUACCUUUGGAACUAUGUUAGGCAUUGAUGGAAAGAACAAAGACACCGACAAAGCACGGAUGGACUUGGAAGAUAUGGGUAUAAGGAAAGAGUUGUGGUUAACACGUCGUCCUGAUGGAACUUAUGUCAAACCUAGGGCAAUCUUGUCAUUGACCCCUGAAGAGAGGGAGGGUUUCUUUGAAUUCUUGAAAUCAGUGAAGUAUCUAGAUGGCUAUGCUGCAAACAUAUCAAGAUCAGUGAAUGCGAGAAAUGCCUUCUUUGAUGUGAUGGUUCACUUGGCCGUUCACUUGCCGCGUGAGGCUAUUCUUGGAGAACCGGUGCAAUAUCGAUGGAUGUACUGGAUUGAAAAGUUUCUCGGAGCUUUAAAAAAGUUUGUUACAAAACGAGCUCGAUCAGAAGGUUCAAUCGCAGAGGCUUACAUUGUCAAAGAGUGCAUUACUUUUUGUUCAAUGUAUGUUGAUGGGAUCGAAACAGUGCAUAAUCGACCCGAACGAAAUCAAGAUCGUGGCGAACGUCACAAAGGGUUAACUGUAUUCACAGAAACUACCCGUCCUGUUGGCCUAAUCACAAGAGAUGCUGAUAUGUCACAAGAAUAUCGUGAUAUAGCUCAUUGGUUCUUGUUGAACAAUAGCCCCGAGAUAGAGAAGUAUCUAGAGUAUGAACAAUCAAAGGCCAACAUCGCGAAUAGAGAAAGGAUGUAUACAAAACAUAGGUGUGGUUUUAGGUCAAUCCCUGUUAGAGUAGAAAAACUGGAAAAUAUGAUACAUACACAGGCUAAUCACCUCUCACAGCCGGGAUCAACCCCUUUGACUGCAGAAGAGCUAUCAAUCAAAGUCCAAAAGCCAAGGUCUGGCUAUGUGAAGGGACUUGGCAUGAGACCUUCAUCCUCUAUUAGGAGAGCCACUGCCAUAUAUGCUAAAACAAAUGAUUAUGUGAAGCGCCUUGAGAUGCAAAUAGAGACACAAAAGGAACAAAUACAAAUGCAAAACAAUAAAAUAGAAGAUCUUGAAGAGGGUAAGAAGAAGCAAGGGGAGAUAAUGGCUGAUGUUGUCAACUUUUUGAGGACCAAAGAAUUCACUGGACACUUUGGAAGUGGAGGGGACUCAUCCACAAGUGAACAUACUUCUUGGUAA